GCCGACAGCUUCGCCAGGUAGUUUUUGCCCGCGCCGCGUUGAAUACUCAGUUUUGUUUGUUGGGCCUAAUAAGGGUGGCUGGCUGGUUAUUGUCGUGUGUUUCAUAUGUAAAAAAAAAGCUUAGCGUAACAAAAAGUAUUAUUACCUAGUGAUAAGUGUCAAAACAAAAGCAAGCUACAAGCAAAACACCUUAAGUUAACACAUCAUAAGCAAUUCUAGAAACACAGGCGCAAAAUGUUCUCACGACCCAGCUUGUGUGGAAAUCUCGGUAAACUGUGCCGCAGCGGCACUGCAGCCGUGACGAGCACCCCAACAACAACACCGCCGGCAUUAUCGGCGCUGGCGCUGUGCGAUGCCCGUGGCUAUCAUGAGGUUGUCGGCGACAUUAUCUGCCCCUCACAGGUGCGCGGCAUCGAUCAUAUACGCGAUCCUCGCUUGAAUAAGGGCUUGGCCUUUACUCUGGAGGAGCGUCAGGUGCUGGGUAUUCAUGGCCUGCAGCCAGCACGUUUCAAGACUCAGGAGGAGCAGCUACAGCUGUGCAAGAUUGCCGUUAACCGCUAUACAGAACCACUGAAUAAGUAUCUGUAUUUGAGCGAUCUGCACGAUCGCAAUGAGCGCCUGUUCUUCCGCUUUUUAUCGGAGAACAUUGAGGAUCUAAUGCCCAUUGUAUACACGCCCACAGUGGGCCUGGCAUGCCAGCGUUUUGGCCUGAUCUACAGACGUCCGCAUGGCCUGUUUGUCACAUUCAAUGAUCGCGGUCAUAUCUUUGAUGUGAUGAAAAACUGGCCAGAGCCGAAUGUGCGUGCCAUUUGCGUAACUGACGGCGAGCGCAUCCUGGGCCUGGGUGAUCUGGGCGCUUGCGGCAUGGGCAUACCAGUUGGCAAACUGGCGCUGUACACCGCACUGGCGGGCAUUAAGCCGCAUCAAUGCCUGCCCAUUGUGGUGGAUGUGGGUACCAAUAAUAUCGACCUGCUGGAGGAUCCACUGUACGUGGGUCUGCGUCAAAAGCGCGUCGUAGGACGCGAAUACGAUGAUUUUAUCGACGAGUUCAUGGAGGCAGUUGUCAAGCGCUAUGGCCAGAAUACACUUAUCCAGUUCGAGGACUUUGGCAAUCACAAUGCAUUUAGAUUCUUAGACAAGUAUCGCAAUACAUACUGCACCUUUAACGAUGAUAUUCAGGGAACAGCCGCUGUAGCUGUGGCCGGCUUGUACGCCUCAAAGCGUAUAACGGGCAAGUCCUUCAAGGAAUACACUUUCCUAUUCGCGGGCGCCGGCGAGGCAGCCAUUGGCAUUGCCGAUCUCGUGGUCAAGGGCAUGGUUGCCGAAGGCGUGCCCAUCGAGGAGGCAUAUAGUAGGAUAUUUAUGGUCGAUAUUGACGGGUUGUUGACCACAUCGCGCAAUGUGGGCAACCUGGAUGGCCACAAGGUCAAUUAUGCCAAGGACAUUGAACCAAUGCAGGAUCUCGAGCAAAUUGUGUCGACUGUUAAGCCAAGUGUGCUAAUUGGCGCUUCAGCCUGCGCCGGCCUCUUCACGCCCAAGAUUCUGCGCACCAUGGCGGACAAUAACGAAAGGCCUAUCAUAUUUGCUCUCUCAAAUCCAACCAGCAAGGCGGAAUGCACAGCUGAGGAGGCUUAUCACAACACGGAUGCUCGCGUCAUCUUUUCAUCAGGUUCGCCCUUCCCACCGGUUGUUGUGGGCAACAAAACCUACUACCCCGGUCAGGGUAACAAUGCAUACAUUUUCCCUGGCGUUGGGCUCGGCGUCAUAUGCACGGGUACACAUCACAUACCCGAUGAUAUGUUCCUGAUUGCUGCCCAAGAGCUGGCCAACUUUGUGGAGCCCGCUGACAUUGAGCGCGGCUCAUUGUACCCGCCGCUGUCGAGCAUUCGUGAUGUCUCCAUGAAUAUUGCCAUUGGCGUAACUAAAUGUGCUUAUGAUAAGGGCUUGGCAUCCACAUACCCAGAGCCGCAGGACACGCGCAAGUGGCUGGAGGAUCAACUGUACAACUUUAACUAUGAGUGCUCGAUGCCAGUCACCUGGACCUGGCCACGCAUGCCAUACAUCAAGACCCGCGAAGAGAGUCCGCUAAUUGCCGCUAUUAAAUAAGAAAAUCGUUCAGUUCUCUUGGUUGAUCGUUUGAUGGCACUUCUGUAUUGCAUUCUAACCCACUCUUCGUAUUACUACUACUACUACCACUACCACUACUUCCAAGCGACCACCAACAGCACCAAACACUAACCAAGCCUAGGCCUAGAUAAUUUCUGCAACGGCUCACACUAUCUACAUGUUAUAUGAUCGAUUCACUUGCCACGUCAGUUGCCAGGUUUAAGAUCAGCCGGCGUACGGCUAUGGGGCUCCCCAGCUCUUCAUUGGUGACUAAUUAAACAAGCAAACUUCCACAUUGUUAUUAAACUUACCCAUAAAAAUUGUUAGUCAUAGAUACGAGCUGUAGUAGUUAGCCAGCGACAAGUGCGACAGAGACUAUGUAUUUUCGAUAUGUUUAUCUAGUAUUAUAUAUGUCUGUACAGAAUGUUUUUAUUUUUUUUUUGAUAAUGUUACGAUGAAUGCGAACCUAAUUAUCUCACAAUUGUUUACUUACUAACUGCUUUGUUUUUGACUUGCCUAUCUUUCACCUGAAAUUAAGUUUAAUUGGCUUGCUGGUUUUAAUUUCCUUCUGGAUCUCUCUCUCUCUCUCUUACUUUAACUCUCGCUUUUCCCAUUGACUGCUUACUAAUUCCAAAAGCGGCUCUCAAUGAAAACCUAUGCUUCCUUUCUCAACUAUAAAGCAAAUGAAAAAUUGAAGAAUUGAUUGAUAUUGAUCUAUUGCUAUUUCCCUUUCGUUGACAUAUAGAAAGCGAAGAUAUCUUAUAAAUAAUCCAACCUCCACACCGACCGCAUAGAACCAUAUAUAUUGGCAUAUAUAGACAGCAGAACGGUGAGAUUCUGCCCAACCUUAAACGAAAAAAGAGCAGCCGUUGACCUUAAUCAUUAACUCUUAAACUAAAAGUUAACAAACUAAGUUAAAAGUUUUAAUUUAAUACAAAUAGCGUAUAUAUAAAUAUAUAUGUAUGUGUAUAUAUAUAUAUGACUAUAGAAAUAAUUAUUUUUGUCGUUGAUCCAUGUCUGAUAUUUAUUAAAUAGCCUUGUUAUAAUUUAUUGUUACACACAGUCAAUUUUAGUUUAUCAUAUUACUUAAACCCUAAAAACUGAGAAGAAAAUGGAGUGAUCCUCAAGCAAUUGUACUAUUGACCCGCUGAUGUGCGAUAAACAAUAAAAUAUACGGAAAAUGGUUAUUUCAAACGUU